CCCCUGCGCUCGCCGUAAUCCGGAAGUCAAUGCGCAACAAAACCAGGUUGUUUACUGUAUAAUCAUUGGAAUAUCAGCCGACUGCACGGAUGAAUUAGGAGUUUAAAUGUUUUAUUAUCUUUAAACGUUCCUUGUUUGAGUUUGAAGUCUGAAAAUCCGCGCACUUUAGCGAGUUUCGGUGAGUUAAGAGGCAGAGUUGAUGGAGACGUGGGUGAGAUUCAGCGCUCAGAGUCAGGCUAAAGAGCGAGUGUUCAGGGCUGCACAGUAUGCCUGCACACUGCUCGGAUACACGCUGCAGAAAGGAGGAGCUGCAGCUCAACUUUUAACAACCAUCAAGCAGCUGGAAGCUCAUCUGAGUCUCAGCAGGAAACUGAUGCGGUUGGGAAACUCAGCCGAGUCUCUAGAAGCGGCCAAGCGAGCGGUUCAUCUCUCCGACUGCGUGCUGCGGCUCUGCAUCACCGUCUCCCACUUAAACAGAGCCAUGUACUUCGCCUGCGACAACCUGCUGUGGGCCGGAAAGACGGGGCUGCUGCCUCGACUCGACCAGGACAAGUGGAGUCAGAGGUCAUUCAGAUAUUACUUGUUUGCGCUCAUCUUGAACCUGACCCGUGACAUGUAUGAGAUCUACGGUCUGAUGGAGCGCGAGCGGCGCAACACUUCGGCCAAAGCUCAUCUCUCGGGCGCUGUAGAGAACGGCCAGUCCCCCUCUGCCCCGUCCUCCUGCACGUCCGUAUGCACAGCCAGGCUUCAGCAGCAGCUGCGUCUCCUCACUGCCGUCCUCCGCAGCAACCCUCCGCUCCUGCUGGACACGCUCAAGAACCUGUGCGAUGUCUUCAUCCCGCUGGACAAACUGGGCCUCUAUCAAACCGGCCCGGGGUUCGUAGGGGCCUGUGGUCUCACCUCAUCCGUUCUGUCCAUCCUCACCGUCCUCUACCCCUGGCUCAAACUCAAACCCUAAACCAACCUGUCGCGUCACGUCCUGAUCCAGCGCCGAGUCUGAACUGAGCUGCUGUGGGAAACAAACAGAUUGACCAAUCACCUCAGAGUCUACUGAUGAUGCAACAACUAACUGUGAGGGGAGAUGGAGCGCAAAAUGAGAAGCGUGUGUGUGUGUGUGUGUGUGUGUGUGUGUUUGCAUUUGCUAUACUAUGACUUAAGCAUGAACUGAAACUGAUAGAAUUACAAGGUUAACACUUAUAAAAAAGAAGCGUUCACGUCUUGACACGUCACAUAAUUCCUAAACAUCCCGUAUUAUUUUCUAUAAAUACCACACCGUUGAAUUCUCCAUUCUGAUUGGUCAGAAGGCUGUGAUUACCGUCCACUGUAACAGUUCUAAUACGUUAUUGUUGCUAUAGUAACAGCAUACACAUGGACUCGUCAAUGUAAACGGAUUUGGAAACAAUACAUUUUUUGGAAAUCUUGGAAGUUUUCCAUCACAGAUUAUUAUUAUUAUUAUUAUUAUUAUUAUUAUUUGUGGUAAAGUGGUGUGUAAGUGUGUCAGGAUGGUAAGAGUAACUCCGCUGCAUCACUGAUUAUUUUCUUACAACGCAUUCCUACACUGACCACAGAGUAAAUUAGUGCUGGUUUUUUUUAAAUCAGAAAGAUGUUGCUGGGUUUGGUCAGUGUCUCUACAUCAUCGGUUAUCUGUGUAUGAUCUCUAAAUCCUAAAAGCCAGAACACACGGUGUAUUAGUUCACGUCUGAGGAGACGGUCGGUGUGAGAGUGACCGAUUCAGUUGUGUAAAAAUAAAUAAAUCAUGAUUACUGUAAACCAGGAUAAAAGGUUUAUAUAGUGAUAUGAGUGUAAUAGGCUUAUGAUGUAUAUUUUGUGUUUGUUUAUUUGCUCGAGGUUCUUGUUUCCCCAAGCUGACAUCUUUUAUACAUAUGUACCACGGAAAGUUCAGUUCCCUAAACAGUUACUAAACCCUUCCCUACACUUAUACAGUGGUGUUAAGUCACUCUACUGAUUUUAUUCUAACACGAACAUACUGUCCGUCUGAAAUAGACGAGGAGACGCACUGAGACUGUACUUUAACCCUGUUUUUUGAUGUGCAACAGGUUACUGAUUCAUUCAUCUUCGAUUCAUCAAUCAGAGCCGACUCCCGAAUCCUAUCCGCUUCGAUGGGGUGCGGCGUUCGGACACGUAAAGCUUUUAUUUUAGUAUGAUGAUAAACAAAAAUAAAUGUUAAUGUAGAUCUGAUCCACUGUAAUGGAAUGUUUUGAGUUUCAUCCUCUGAUGAAAUCUCACAAGCGUCUUAUCGGCUUAUGUUAAAAGGUUUUUAAUCCUGAGUGAAUAACAAAAUAAAGACUUCUCUUGUUAGAGCUA